AUGGAAACUGGCUUAAUCCCGCCAAAUAUAAACUUUACACAAAUACGGAAAGGUGUUAAGGCUUUUGAAGAUGGAACUAUACGCGUGGUGACCAACACAACACCGUGGAUUUCUGGAUUUAUGGGUAUCAAUUCAUUCGGUUUUGGUGGAGCCAAUUGCCACAUCUUGAUGCGAAGUAACACAAAAGAAAAGAUCAAUAAAGGAGCGCCGAAUGAUAAUCUGCCCAGACUCGUUGUCCUGUCUGGACGUACCGAACAAGCAGUUCAAUCAUUUCUAAAUGAGAUCGAAAACCAGCCGAUAGACGUCGAAUAUGUACGGCUAUUGCAUGAUCUUUACGCAGACGAGAUGAAAAAUCAUCCUUACAGAGGAUACGUGAUUGUCGAAUCCAAAACGCCGAUCAAAGCGGCAAAAGAAAUAAAAUAUUAUUCAGGUGAAAAAAAACCGAUUUGUUUUGUGUUCUCUGGAAUUGGAUCGCAAUGGAUUGGCAUGGGUCAAGCGCUACUUCAAUUCCCAGUAUUUUCCAAAACCGUAGAAAAAUGCGAUGCGAUUUUAAAAAUGCAUGGAAUGUAUAUUAUUGACAUAUUAACGAGUAAACAUAAGAAUAUUUUUAACGAUAUAUUGAAUUCAAUUGUGGGCAUCACCGUAAUGCAG